ACCCCAGCCUCCUCCAGCUGGCCAGAAUGGCCCCUCCUCCCCGCCCGGAGCUGGCCCGCACCGCGCAGGCGCACUAGCGCGGCCGAGAGGCCGAGGGCACCGGAGCAGACUCGGCCUCAGCCGCCUCCCGCCGCGCCCGCUCGGGGCUGGACUGCAGCCCCCGGGACCGCGCUGGGCCGGGGCCCCGCGGAUCUCUCGUCGCUAUGGGCUCGGGCUGGAGCAGUGAGGAGGAGCGGCAACCGCUGCUGGGGUCGGGGCUUGGACCUGCGCCGCCGGCUCCCUGGAGAAGCCGGGAGGCAGCGGCGGCGGCGGCGCCAGCGGCCGCCCCGGGUCUCGGGCGGGUGUACGGGCGCCGCUGGCUGGUGCUGCUGCUCUUCUCGCUGCUGGGCUUCGCGCAGGGCCUGGUCUGGAACACCUGGGGUCCCAUCCAGAACUCGGCGCGCCAGGCCUACGGCUUCUCCAGCUGGGACAUCGCUCUGCUGGUGCUGUGGGGACCCAUCGGCUUCCUGCCCUGCUUUGCGUUUAUGUGGCUGCUGGACAAGAGAGGUCUUCGGGUAACUGUGCUUUUGACUUCCUUCCUCAUGGUUUUGGGAACCGGUCUAAGAUGCAUACCUAUAUCAGACUUAAUGCUUAAAAGAAGACUAAUCCACGGAGGGCAGCUGUUAAACGGAUUGGCAGGCCCAACUGUCAUGAAUGCAGCACCAUUCCUCUCCACAACGUGGUUCUCUGCAGACGAGAGGGCCACCGCCACUGCGAUUGCGUCAAUGCUCAGCUAUCUUGGGGGAGCAUGUGCAUUUUUAGUUGGGCCACUUGUCGUUCCAGCACCCAAUGGAUCAGCACCUCUUCUUACUUCAGAGAGUAGCAGGACCCACAUUAAAGAUCUCAUAGAGACUGUAUUGUAUGCAGAAUUUGGAUUUGUCUGCGUAUUAUUUUCUGCAACUCUAGCUUACUUCCCACCCCGACCUCCACUUCCUCCCAGUGUUGCUGCAGCUAGCCAGCGGCUGAGUUAUCGACGGAGCUUCUGUCGAUUACUAAGCAACUUGAGAUUUUUGAUGAUUGCUUUAGCAUAUGCCAUACCACUUGGUGUAUUUGCAGGCUGGUCUGGAGUUCUGGACUUAAUUUUAACACCAGUACAAGUUAGCCAAGUCGAUGCUGGCUGGAUUGGAUUUUGGUCCAUAGUUGGAGGCUGUGUUGUUGGAAUAGCUAUAGCAAGAUUUGCAGAUUUUAUCAGGGGAAUGCUGAAAUUAAUUCUUCUCCUCCUAUUUUCUGGGGCUACACUCUCAUCCACGUGGUUCACCCUGACCUGUCUGAACAGCAUUACACAUCUGCCUUUAACCACAGUGACAUUGUACACCUCCUGUAUCCUCCUGGGAGUAUUCUUGAAUAGCAGUGUACCUAUAUUUUUUGAGCUCUUUGUGGAAACUGUCUACCCAGUUCCAGAAGGGAUUACCUGUGGAGUUGUCACUUUUUUAAGUAAUAUCUUCAUGGGAGUACUUUUAUUUUUUCUCACAUUUUAUCACACAGAGUUGUCUUGGUUCAACUGGUGCCUUCCUGGGUCGUGUUUGCUCAGUCUCCUCCUCAUUCUGUGCUUCAGGGAAUCGUAUGACAGACUCUAUCUUGAUGUGGUUGUCUCAGUUUAAUAGCACAGACUUGAAGGAGUUUAAAAAGAGACUGGAAAUCAAUACUGCAUACUGCACAUUUGCUUGGAAUUGCACAUCUAGCAGGAAAAAAAAGGAGAAGAGAGAAACUUCACUGAGAGAUUUUAUUAGGAUACAGGUGAUCACAUGAAUUUAAUUACUACUAAGUAAUAAUAUUGUGGGACACGAGUGAUAAGAAGGGACUUAAAAUCUAUAACUGGCAUAUUUGUGCCUGAUUCUGAAUUCGAAUUGUGAUAUCUCACACAUAAAUCACUACCUAAUAAUAUCCUCUGUGUUUUGUGCCAGUGCUAAACUACUGAUUGAUAAAUUGUAAUUAUGAAAGGAAAUAGGGGUCUGUCACAUGAAGAUAACUCCUUCCCUAAGUCACACAGAAUAGGAAGAAAUGCCGCUAACUUCUAAAGAAGUUUAAACCCUAUGUCAGACUUUAGUUUUAAAAUAGCCAAGAGGUUUAUUGAUGAAUAGAAAUCAGCCACGUGUACACUACAUUUUUUCUAAUAAAGCCAUUUCUUAUAUGACUCCUUA